CUGCAGUUCUUUCAAGGAAAACCUCACUUUCAGUCCAUUGUAAGGUUGCACCUGUUGGUCGGCACUCAUAAGACACCUUGCAGUGAAAGUCUGCAAGGAAAAUGGAGUUAGUAACAACAAAGUUAUGCAUCUUUGUGCUGCUGCUUUUCCAUGGAUGCGUUCUCUUAUCAGCCAUGUUGUGCCCUAAUGGACAGUUUGUACUUAAUGCUCAGUGUAUAAACUGCCAUCCAAGCUGUGAGGAAUGCAAUGGGCAGGAGCUAUAUGAAUGCACAGAGUGUGGCAUAGAUCAAGAUGGAACUGAGCGUUUUCUUCAUCGCAGUCACUGUAAGGUACACUGCCCACGGGGAUAUUACCAAGAGCGUGACACCUACACUUGUGACUCAUGCUCACUGAACUGCGACCUUUGCACCAAUGCCAAUAGCUGCCAGAAAUGCAAGACCAACUACAAGCUUCUGAAUGGAGAGUGCUAUUUAACACAAUGUUUGCCAGGACAGGUGGAAGACCCUGAGACGGGGGAAUGUGUUGACUGUGAGACUGGAUGUAAAACUUGCGCAGUAGAUGAUCCUGAAAUAUGCCUCAGCUGUCUACAAGGUUAUUUUCUGCAUCGUCUACAAUGCCGCAAACACUGCCCCCAGAAAACCUACGAGGACAAUGGCAGGAAAAUGUGUCUUGCUUGUCCAUUAUGGUGCCUUCAAUGCCACAAUCAGACAUAUUGCUCUUCCUGCCAAAAUGGAUAUUAUUUGCAUGAUGCUGGAUGUAUGCCAAAAUGCCCAGAUGGCACAUUUCAAGAUUCCAAGAACUGGCAAUGUGAGGCUUGUCAUAAAUCUUGCCAGACCUGCCAUGGGCCAUCACCUCGUGACUGUAAUGUGUGCCCAGAUGGAAAACCACCUUCCUAUGGAAUGUGUCAUCUUGUGACCUGCUUGGAUGAACAAUAUUUUAAUGUGGCAGAUGGCAAGUGCUACGCCUGUGACCUGUCCUGUCAGAGUUGCUUUGGCCCACAAGCACAGGACUGCUUUUCCUGCCAUUCUGGUUAUUUUCUGGAUGAGGAAAAUCAGUGUGUCCCAAGCUGUCCACAAGGAUUCUUCGGGGAUCCCUUCAGUCAGACCUGUGAAAAGUGUUCAGUGACCUGUGAGAGUUGUGCUGGUAGCACCGAUAACUGCCUAAAAUGUAAUACCCGAGAUCAUCAUUUAUUUCUUCAUGAAGGAAGGUGCCUUUCCAACUGUCCGGAAGCCUACUUUGAAAACUCUGAGGGCUUAUGUGAACCCUGUGAUGGUUCCUGCUGGACUUGUGACGAAAGGAAAACAAAAUGUUUGUCUUGUGUGGAUGGCCUGUAUCUGGAGAACAGCAAGUGUCUUCUUAACUGCUCCCUGAGGUAUUAUCUAGAUGAUGAAGGCUUCUGCAAGCAUUGUCCAGCACACUGUACUAUCUGUGCAGAUGACAGAAUAUGUCUUGAAUGCAGUUACUUAUAUCUUCUCUUCAAUGGCACCUGCAAAGCUACUUGUCCCAGUGGCUAUUAUGAGGAUCUUGAUGCUGGAAGAUGUGUCUCCUGCCACAUCAGAUGUGAAACCUGCUCUGGGACAUCAGAUGAUGACUGUGAGACCUGUCCUUCUGCUUACCCCAAGCUGUACCAGGGGAGAUGUCUGGUUAGCUGUCCAACAGGAACAUUUUAUAACUUUGACCUCAAGGAAUGUCAAGAGUGUCAUAGAACAUGUGCCAAAUGCUCUGGCCCAAAGCCAACAGACUGCAUCCAGUGCCAGAGUCAACUAUCACUGCACCAGGAAAGCAGGAUGUGUGGGGUAAAAGGAGACGCCAAGUGCCCCCUAAAGACUUUUUUAGAAGAUGACUUAUUCACAUGCAGUUCUUGUGAUCAGACAUGUGAAUUAUGUGAUGGUCCCUCCCAUGAGAAUUGCCUUACCUGCUCUGUGCCAUUUUACCUACACAGAAAAACCUGUGUAAAGCAAUGCCCCAAUGGAACAUACAACACUAGUGAAGAAGCAGAUGGAAUGACACUUGGGUUCUGCUCAGUUUGCCACCAAGUAUGUUCAACGUGUCAUGGGGGAUCAGCUAAAGACUGCAUUAUGUGUGCAUCUGGGUACUACAAACUGCUUCACCUCUGCAUUCUACAUUGUCCUACUGGAUAUUUCAAAAGAAACAAUCAGUGUGAAAAGUGUGAUUCUCGCUGCCAGCUGUGUGCGGGUCCAGGGUUAGAUUUCUGCCUUGAAUGUCCUGUAAACACUCUGCAGGUAGAGGGCACAACCCACUGUGUCAGUGAGUGUCCUCAGAGGUUCUACUUGCAUGGAAACAAGUGCAGGAAGUGUCACCCAAGCUGUAGAACAUGUAAUGACUCAUCAGUUCUAGGAUGCCAAACUUGUGACAGAGGUAGUACCCUUAAAGGAGGAAUCUGUUAUCCUCAGUGUGAGGAGCAGCGUUACCUGGACGAUGACAAUGUGUGCCAGCUCUGUGACUCCUCGUGUAGGCACUGCUCUGGCCCUGGAGCCAACCACUGCAUAUCAUGCAAAACCAACACUGCCUGGUCUCCUGAGGAAAUGAAGUGUAUCAACUGUUGUGAUUCACAAACUGAUCAGAAUGACUGCUGCUUUUGUGACUUGAAUUCUGUGCUGUGCAUAAAGCACCUACAGCUUGAAGCCGAGCAAGUCGUUCUGAAGAACUUGAAGCUUGGAACCAACUUCUCUCCAUCAAUCUCUCAUUAUUCUGCUGCAACUCCUGUUAUGCUUUUUUUGCUUCUGGUCAUUGCAGUUGCAGUAUUUAGCAUUUGGCAGAUCAAAUCCAAGAAGAUGUUGUGCUGGAAACAGAACUAUGAAAGGUUAAGAGGCAGUUCCCAGGCGGUGUCUUACUAUCACGAGGAUAGCAUUGUUCACAGAAAGGGAUCUGAUGCUGAAGAGGACAGUUUGGAUGAAUGUGACAUAGUAUAUAGCACUAGAGAUGGAACUGUAUACAAAAAACUUAGCUUUAAACUAAGUCCAGGCAACAGAAGGGUUAUUGCAUGAUCUGGAUUGUAUAAACAAAGUACAAAGCUAGUAUGUUUUCUUAGUACAGUAUACAGUGUAGGUCUAAACUAGGAUCAGUAAUGUGGUCUUAUAGUAGACCUGAAACUGAAGGCACAAAGAAAUUAACUUUAUGCUCUUGUACCCGUUACAUCAAGAGUUCUCAAUUCCAGUUCUCAAGUUCCCCCAACAGGUCAUGUUUUGUGGUUUUCUUGAAUUAUGCGCAAGUGAAUUCACCUAUUUUGCUGGGUCAGAAAUUAUCCCACCUGCUCCCACAGAAAUCCUCAAAACGUGACCAGGUGGGAAACUUGAGGAUUGAAAAGCACUGCGAUACAUUGUUUCUUUUGCACCAAUGGUUCUUAACUCCAGUACUCAAGUAUUCCCAACAGGUCAUGUUUUCAGUAUUAUCACCUGAGGAAAUGGGUGAUAUAAAACUGACCCAGCAAAAGAGAUCAACUUACAUGUGAAUGAGAAAAGAAAUGCAGAAAAUUAGUCUUGUUGGUGGGGGUACCUGUGGACUGGAGCUUAGUACACCAACACGUAGAAUUGUGUGACAAUACAAUACGUCCGCUUUCCUGGGGAUGCCUGAACAGAACGUUUUAGUCACGUAAAAGGGUCAUAUUUUAGCAACAACUCUGAGCUGAUUUUUAUACAUUUCAACAAUUUUAGUUGCUCUAUUAAGACACAUGGUAUAAAUCAUGUGCAUAUUAAUGCUUUUAUAAGCUAGUGUAUAUAAAUUCUUAAAAUGUACGAUGCUUAAAAUAAACACAGCCCUGUUGUCCCAUUACUUUACUGAUUUGUACUAUAGUUAAAUGAGGGUCAAUACAUUGGAAUAAAAUGUCAAGUUACAUCUGUUGAGACACAUUUGCAGAACAAUAUGUUGUUAAGUUACAGUCGCAUGCAUUAUGUAAUAAUAUGUUACUAAAAUGUGGAAAUAAGGAAUAAUACCAAUACCAAUAGUACCAAUAGUUGACAACAUCAUCAUUAACUGGUGUGGCAUUACAAAUUCCGCUUUCAAUAAAAAAAGGAUGAGAACAAAUUAGACAUUAUAACAAUACGUGUGGUGCAAAUGUAAGUUUGAAUUAGACUGGCCGCACACCUAAAGAUUUAUUCCCAUUCUGGCUGGUUGGAUGAAAACCUGGUAAUGUAUGCUCCGAAAUGCCGGAAAACUGACAAAAACUGAACAGUUCAGAUAAAUUGACUAAAUAAAAUCCAUUUAACCAAGUUGUCUGAUUCACCAUUUUUGUCCGUUUUUCGGUGUUUGGUAGCAAAUGGUUAUCCACCUCCCAGGAUAAAUAUGCAUAUUGCAUUAUGUACUGCUACUAAUCUAAGGU